AUGGCUAAGGAACUUACGUCCAAGGCACAUGAGGCUUUCGUAGACGACGACUUGGAAAUUGAUGUGGACUUGUAUUCCAAAGUCAUUGAAUUGGAUCCUAAUUGCGCCGAUUUCUUCGCCGAUCGUGUUCAAGCUAACAUCAAACUCCUAAACUUCACUGAGGAAGCCCUUUUAACACCUGCUCUGUCUCCGGUAACUCCCCAAUCAAAAUCUCUCCGUCCCGGUAACCCCCAUCAAAAUCUCAACAAUCCGGCAAAAAAAGAUGAGUUGGGUUGUGCUCUAACCGUUCUUUCGAGCAGCAUAUCAGCUUCAACAUUCAUGGCAUCCAUUGCUCUAACUUUAAGCUCACUUAUCGGCGCGUGGAUCGGAAGCUCACCGGUCAACAUGACGGUGUUUACCGGACAUUUUGUCUACGGAGACACAAGUUCAAUCACAAUGGUCAUCAAAUACACCUCUCUCCUCAUCUGUUUCCUAGUCGCCUUCUGUUGUUUUGUUCAGUCCACAAGAUCUUUCUUACAUGCCAACUACCUCAUUACCACUCCGGGAGAGGAUAUUCCGCCUGAAAUGGUGAAAAGAGCUGUUUUAAGAGGCGGCAACUUUUGGUCGAUAGGUCUUAGGGCUCUUUACUUGGCUCUUAAUCUACUGUUGUGGCUUUUCGGACCGAUACCGAUGUUUGUUAACUCGGUCUUGAUGGUUGUUUGUUUGUAUUAUCUCGACACGAACUCGGUGGUUCAGCCUCUAUACCACCGGACUUUCCAGGCGGAGCAAACUGUCAAGAGGAUGAGAGGAGUUUUGCCUGAACAGUUGACUUUUACAUGUAACUGA